AGAGUCCGCGCAAAAGUAGCCGGCCAUGAUCUAGGAAGAUCACAAAUUUUGGAUUUUCGCUUUUUCGUCUAGUGAUCCUUGAUUGAGGAACGUGUUUUCGCUGCGGCUGCUGGAAAUCAUGGCGUCGCUACCGAAUUAUACCGAUUUACUACCAAACAAUGUGCUGUGCAUGGUGUUUGACCGGCUGGAUAUCAAGAACGUAAAGAACGCCUCGCUCGUUUGUAAACGUUGGAACGACAUCAUUUUCCGUAGUGCAUACAUCGACCGAUUUGGUAUAAAUUUCAGUGAUUUCGAAGUAAACAACUAUGGUCCACACAUGGCACCAAAGAAGUCACUGUUAUCGAAGGUGCAACAUCUAGUGCGCACCGAGCGACGCUAUCACAAUUUUUAUUUCGUAGUAAUGAUGGAAAUGGAAAAAGUAUUUCCUCGUGCUUGGAAGGCCAUCGCGCUAAAUCAAGCGAGCAACUUGCAACGGCUGGACCUGUGUUUCUUUGGCGGUUCGGUUCGUGGACUUUUGGCUUUGGUCCCAGACACAAUACCAUCAAUGCCGCAAUUACGAUCGCUAACUGUAUCGGAUCGGAGUACAGUACGUAUGAUGACUUAUGAGGACAUUAAACAGGAGAGCAUUCCAUCAAUCCGAAGCAAAUCGCUACAGGAGCUCACGAUGUACUGUAAAUAUAGGUACACGAUCGAUACGCCAGAGCUGCAAACAUUUGCUGGCGCACUGUGCGCACUUCUUCCACCGGGCAGCAGCGAUAAGGAACAGCUGGAACUUACUAAGCUGAAGAAACUCGAUGUAACAGUAUGGAGCUGGAAACCUGCAGACCGAUCCAUCUUUCGUAGAAUGCCGAAUCUGGCGGAAAUUCAUUGGGACAUCCCCGUAGACGAAGAACUCUUCGUUGCAAUGUGUAAAACAUGCCCACACCUAACCGACGCUCGCUUUUCCAAGGAACUGGUUAUAUCGAAUCACUCCUCAUUUAAACAUCUGUCUAAGCUUGCCCAGCUUCGUAUAUUACGUUUUUCUGACAUUCAGUAUGAGGACGAUGUGUUCAUGGACUUGUCCAAACUAAACCACCUGGAGGAGCUCAGACUGGGACAUACCCAUUUGCUGCCUGUUAGUUUGCUCAGCUUCUCCAAGUCGAUUAGGAAACUCGGUCUACAUAUUUAUGGAUGCGUGGAACUCAGUCUUGUCGAAAUCACGGUGCGAAACUUACCGCAAUUGACGGAACUGUAUUUGAAUGGCCAUACCGUUCCAAUAUCAAGUAGUGCUCUGAGAGCCUUACUUGGUUUUGAACAUCUGGAGGUACUCGAGUUUUCGCAUUUUCAUUUCACACAAUCGAAAUUCCUGGAAAUGAACGGCCCUAUGCAUCAAGUGCGAACAUUGCGAUUCCACUGUUGUAAACUUGAGACGAAACAGCUUUACGGACUCCAGGAUAAGUUUCCCAAACUUCAAAAUACUGUCUAUGAAGAAUGCGAAAUUGACGAUGAACCGAAGGAUGAUCAAAUUCGUACUCCUUAUGACUUAAAUGUAGAGCUAGCAAAACGACUAAAUGUUCCGCUCGUUCCAAAUACGUCAAUAUAUCGUUAGUAUGCACGGUGUGCAAAAAUUGAUGCAAGUCAAUGAUUCAUAAUUUUCCCAUUACAUACCUUUGGCCACGAGUUGAGAACACCUUUUCAAUUAUUUAAAUAUUAGCUUUGUUUCGUUCGCGGUUCUUCCUCUUUUUUUUAAUUUAUAUAACCUUUUGCUAACUUUUCGGAAUGAAACAUAUAAGUGCGCUGCAUCGACAAAGAUGUGUGGUUUGUCAAGGAAUUUGUUUGUUCGGUUUUGGCGUAAGGAUGAGGGAUGGCUACAUUGGUUUUUGAUGAAUUAUAAACCAUGACAAUUACAUGUAAUCGUAAAACUAGGAAUUGUAGCUGCUCUUAUGAAAAUAAACGUAAAACAUCGAAACUGA